AUGCAGGGUGUGGCGGGAGCGUUCCUCGCUUUCCUGACCUUUGUGGUGCGGGACCACUUCGCGCGUCGGCCGCCCUGGGACGGCGGCGACGCCGACUGGUGCCGCGCGGAGGCUCUGGCACCGUCUCCCGCCCCGCCUGUGCAGGACGACGUUGUCUGCCCCGUGAGCUGGGUCCACCCUGGCAUCGUGGAGGAGAUCGCGCAGCAGCUCGUGGCUGAUCGCUGCGUGUGCGAGGUUCAGUGCAACAGCGUGAGGAGGGACUUCGCCCUCUUCGCGGGCGGCGUGGGUUUCUUCGGCUUCGGACAGCUCAUCUACGGUGUGACCUUCUUCGGCCAGUGCUGCUGCUGUCGACGGGAUGGCGAGCGUCUUACGGUGCGGGAGUUCUUGAAUGAGCUCCUCCCUGGCCGCCUCGUGGCGGUCAAGUACCCAGGAGAGGACCUCUACCACGAGAGGGUGGUGUUCGGCCCGUGCGCUCGCGACUUACUCGGCCGAGUGAGUCGCUGGGAGGUGCUGACGCCCGAUCACGACAAGUACGACGAAGACAUGACCAUGGAGGGCGACGAAGGCGAAGCCAUCGUCCUCCUGGACGACAUGGGCAAUUGUCCAGCGGGCCUGCGAGGAAGAUUUUACCGCUUCGCUGGAGACCGCUAUCCGAGCAGCCAGCAGAUCGUGGACUGGGCCAGAGCCCAGGUCGACCAGAUCAGGGCCGCUGGUGAGGAACCGCUGUCGAUGACUCACUACAUCGACCACGAGGGCUCUCGCAGGCCGCUGGCUGGCGUGGGCAGACGGCGCCGCCUGGGCGGUCCCGCGCCCUUGCCUGCGGGGGGGCCCGAGGCCCCUGGGGGCGUGGCCGCCGCUGGCGGCCUUGUGGCCUUGGACGGCGACGCCGACGGCGCUGGGGCUUCCGUGGGGCCCGCUGGCGCGGUCGGCCUGGGCGCUGUGCGCGACGCCACCGAGAGCUCCGACGAGCACGAGACCCUCGGGCUGGAGGUCACUUUGAGGCUUGGCGACAUCGCCAUCACUAGCCACGAUGGACUGGUGCAUCGGCACGGCGGGUUCUUGAGGGUUCGCUCGGUGCCUUCAAGCGAGUGCGUCGACUUCGUUGCCCGCCUCAAGGCUCGCAGCACGUCGGCGGCUGCUGAGCCGCCUGCUGGGGCUCUGGCGAUCGGCGGCACGAAGACUCCUCCCAUCGAGGCCGACGACGACGUCAGGACUUUGUGGGUCGACUACGACGAGUCUGGGAACCGUUUCAAGUCCUUCAAGAAGGCCGUGCAGGAGAGCCGCGAGGAGCCCAUCACGGCCGUGGAGGUGCAGGGCCCGCCUGGCACGCUCCACCUCGCGCGGUUCAUCGAGCGGUACGGCGGUGGCCCACGGCGCUGGUGGCAGGGCUUUGCUCGGGACCACGGCAUCAGCAAGACGGACAGGGUCUACCACGAGAUGACGAACCUCACGGAGAGCCUGAAGUUGUUCGGCGAGUACGACCAGCUCAACUUGGGUGCCUCCGCUGGCAUCGAGAAGUUGACGAGACGCAUCUGCGGGGUGAUCGACGCCUACGCGACAGGCGGGGGUGUCCCCAGCUGGAGGAUGGCAGGCGUUUACGAGGGCGAGGCCAACUCGAUCGACGCCAUCGCCCCCGCCUUGCGCAAGUGGGGCCUGACCAAGGUGAAGGACCAGAACGAGCUGGAGCAGGUGAUUCGCGAGCGUGACGAGGUGCUGUCCUACGUGGAGCAGUUGGCUGCGCUUCAGGUGCGCGACGGCGGCCAUGAGCACUACUUGCCGCCAGAAGUGGCCCUUCGGGAGCUGCUCUGUGACAAGGCGUCUGGCUACAGGAUGGACGCCUCUAUGACUACGCUCGCGCCGUACCAGCGAGGUCGGGUCUCACUGCCUGAGAAGCGUGAUGCGGUGUCGUCCGUCUUCGACCUGGUGGGGGACCGUGGCCGCGCCUACCUGGAGGGUGCAGGAGAGCGCAUGCUCGAUCCCAGUGCUAGUGACACGUUGGCUGGCGACGCUGAUCGGUGUUAUGUUGAUCCCCAGCUCGCCAACAGCCCGAAGCUCUACGCCCGCUUCGCGCGCGACCUGAAGGCCAGGAACAUGCUGGUCUUCGGCAAGUGG